CUGGCAGCACUGCUGGGCUGCACUGGUGGGUGGCACUUAGUGUUAAAAACACUUUGUUUUGAGGCAAAACACACUGGUGGGCAGCACUGGUGGGUGGGCACAGGUGGGUGGCACUGGUGGGCACAGGUGGGUGGGCACAGGUGGGUGGCACUGCUGGGCACAGGUAGGUGGCACUUCUGGGCACAGGUGUGUGACACUGCAGAGUGGCACAGGUGGGUGCACUGCUGGGCACAGGUGGGUGAUCUGCUGGGCACAGGUGGG